CUCGAAACAGCUAUGCCAGUCACCGAAUGACAGCGUGAGUGGAUGUUAGAGGAAGAGAGAAAACAGGAUAAAUAGGAGAGAACUCAUGAGGAUAAAGCAUCAAGGAAAGUAGGAAAAAGAUAAUUGCCAUAUACACUGGAAGAAAGGAAAUAAAGGCGGUCUCAUCCAUCUCUGUCUUCUCCGUCUCUUUAACUACCCCGGGAUAUUUAGAUCACAGCAAUGUCCCACAACCAAACCAAUACCUUCUACCCUACACUGAAACCCAAUCACCAAAGCAUCCCUCCGUCCCUGCAAAGACCUUCCACGUCCAUCUCUCCAUUGUUCUCGACUGCGCCAUCCAUGUUUGUGACCAUGUCCGCACACCUAAUGAACACCACCACCCAGGACAAAAACGUUGUGGCCAAUACCAUUUCUACGACAGUAGGGUCUCUCAUCCUGGUCCUUGCCUUUCUGCUGGGCUUCCCCGGAAACCUCUUCAUCAUAUGGAGUAUCUUGCUCCGGGCCCGCCGCCGCUCUGUUACUACCCUCCUCAUCCUCAAUCUAGCGGUGGCCGACGGCACGCUCAUGGCCAUCACUCCCUUCUUUGUGGUUUUCUUGGUCAAUCAGGCCUGGGUGUUCGGCAGGGUCAUGUGCAAGAUCCUCUUCUAUAUGUGCCUGGCCAACAUGUACGCGUCCAUCCAACUGAUUAUGCUGAUGAGUCUGCACCGUCUGGUCGUCGUGGUGUGGCCGCGUCGUGUCGCUGCACUCGCAAGCCGGAAGCGGGUACUGCGAGGGGUGGCGGCACUGUGGAUGCUGGUCAUUAUCGCAUCUGUCCCCCCACUGCUUUUCAGGGAGAUCACAAAUUUCCAGCAAACGAGAAACAAAGUUUGUACCACGGUACACGAGUACACGAGUUAUACGGUUGUCCAGUACACAUUGGAGACAGUGCUGGGAUUUGUAUUUCCCUACACAGUGAUUGUAGGCAGCUACAUCUGCAUCCUGCGAAGGAUUAAAAAAACAAAGUUUCAGAGGAGGAUGCGCAGUGAAAAACUCAUCCUGGCCAUCGUGGUAACCUUCGGCGUCUUCUGGCUGCCCUACCAUCUCAUCAACAUUGUGCAGAUUGCUGCAGCUCUUACUCCAGAUGGUCCAGCUAAAGUAAGCCUCGACAAAAUCUGGACAUCCUCCCGUGCCAUCACCUCGACCCUGGCCUUCAUCAGCAGCUGUGCCAAUCCUCUCCUCUACACUUUUGCUGGCAAGUCGUACAUCCGGAAGAACGGAAUUGCAUUCAUGGCCCGCCUGUUUGAUCGGACGGGAAACGACUCGGCGACCAGGAAGAGCCAACAGAACAGUGGAGACAGAGAGAAAGAUGUCGGCAGCGUGGAGCUGAAAGACAUGGAUGAACAGCUAGAAUCAACAACUAGCACAAACAAUAAAGUUACAAGCCCUAUCAAUGAGAAACAGUUGAAGAAUGGCAAUUACUGACCUUGAGAUGUGUGGAUUUGGAUUAUAUCGCAGAAACUUUAGAAGGGAAUGCGCCGCGUAUGUGGUGUCCUGCAGAUCAUUAAGUGACCACCAGAGGAUGUAAAAGUCAUGUUCCCUAAUGAAACCUGCCGAACCACUUCCGAACCUGGGCUGUGUUCCCCAUUUAAAAGUAAAACCCACUUGAACAUUCUGUCAAACAAAAAUUCCGUACUGAACCAGUUGAAAAACAAAAAUAGAAAGUGUUGAGUUGGGUUGGGGAUCAGCAUGGCUUCUUCCACACCAUAACAAACGUUCCAGGUGAAUGGAAUGUACCCCACCUUUCUAUGGUUUGAGGUCGUGCAUUAAGCUCGGGGCAUUGGGUCGGCCUCUCUCUGCUCUAUUGGUGUGUGUCUGACUCUGUGGGUGUGUAUGUGUGUUGGGGAGCUGUUAUAAUGUCAGUUUGUGUGUGUGUCUGUGUGUCAUAGAUUUACUGCUGUACUGUACAUUGUAAUUUCAAAUCAUUAAACUGUAGUAACACUUAUUGUAAUACAUUAGUAAUUGCAACAAAAUGUGUUGCUACAUUUAGAAUUUCUGUAAAG